CCUAGAUCCCUCUCAAAAUCGUCUCUCUCUCUCUCUCACUUUCUUCAAACCCUAACGCUUGAAAACCCUAAUUCUCUCUAGAUCUCGAGAGAAAUGGCGACCGAGACCGAGACCUUCGCUUUCCAGGCCGAGAUCAACCAGCUCUUGAGUCUGAUCAUCAACACUUUCUACUCCAACAAGGAGAUCUUUCUUCGGGAGCUCAUCAGCAACUCAUCCGAUGCUUUGGACAAGAUCAGAUUUGAGAGCCUCACAGAUAAGAGCAAGCUCGAUGCCCAGCCUGAGCUCUUCAUUCACAUUAUCCCCGAUAAGGCCACCAACACCCUCACCAUUAUUGAUAGUGGUAUUGGGAUGACCAAAUCCGAUCUUGUCAACAAUCUCGGUACCAUUGCUAGGUCUGGGACCAAAGAGUUCAUGGAGGCUUUGGCUGCUGGGGCUGAUGUUAGCAUGAUUGGUCAGUUUGGUGUGGGGUUCUACUCUGCAUAUCUUGUAGCUGAGAGAGUGGUUGUCACUACUAAGCACAAUGAUGACGAGCAGUACAUUUGGGAAUCACAAGCUGGAGGUUCUUUCACUGUUACCAGGGAUUCUGGUGAGAGUCUUGGAAGGGGAACCAAGAUCACUCUUUUCCUUAAGGAGGAUCAGUUGGAAUACCUUGAAGAGCGACGCCUCAAGGAUCUGAUCAAGAAACACUCCGAGUUCAUCAGCUAUCCAAUCUCUCUCUGGACGGAAAAGACCACCGAGAAAGAAAUUUCAGACGACGAGGAUGAGGAGGAAGAGAAGAAAGAUGAGGAAGGCAAGGUAGAAGAUGUCGAUGAGGAGAAGGAAGAGAAAGAGAAGAAAAAGAAGAAGAUCAAGGAGGUUUCCCAUGAGUGGGCUCUCGUCAACAAACAGAAGCCUAUCUGGAUGAGAAAGCCCGAGGAAAUCACCAAGGAAGAGUAUGCUGCCUUCUACAAGAGUCUCACAAACGACUGGGAAGAGCAUCUUGCUGUUAAGCAUUUCUCAGUUGAGGGUCAGCUGGAAUUCAAAGCUGUCCUCUUUGUGCCCAAGAGAGCUCCAUUUGAUCUCUUCGACACAAAGAAGAAGCCAAACAACAUCAAGCUCUAUGUUCGCCGUGUCUUCAUCAUGGACAACUGUGAAGAGAUCAUCCCCGAGUACUUGAGCUUUGUUAAGGGAAUCGUCGACUCUGAGGACCUCCCCCUUAACAUCUCAAGAGAGAUGCUACAACAGAACAAGAUCCUGAAGGUUAUCCGCAAGAACCUGGUCAAAAAGUGCAUUGAGCUCUUCUUUGAGAUUGCAGAAAACAAAGAAGAUUACAACAAAUUCUACGAGGCGUUCUCCAAGAACCUCAAGCUCGGAAUCCACGAGGACUCCACAAACAAGGCCAAGAUCGCCGAGCUGCUAAGAUAUCACUCUACCAAGAGCGGUGAUGAACUUACCAGCCUCAAAGAUUAUGUAACGAGAAUGAAGGAAGGCCAGAGUGAUAUCUACUACAUUACUGGAGAAAGCAAGAAGGCUGUUGAAAACUCCCCAUUCCUCGAGAAGCUUAAAAAGAAAGGCUACGAGGUCCUCUACAUGGUUGAUGCCAUCGACGAGUAUGCAGUUGGGCAACUCAAGGAAUUUGAAGGCAAGAAGCUCGUCUCUGCAACGAAAGAGGGAUUAAAACUUGAGGAGAGCGAAGACGAGAAGAAAAAGAAGGAAGAGCUGAAAGAGAAAUUCGAGGGUCUUUGCAAAGUAAUCAAAGAGGUCCUUGGAGACAAAGUGGAGAAGGUUGUUGUCUCUGACCGUGUCGUCGACUCUCCAUGCUGCUUGGUCACCGGUGAGUACGGAUGGACUGCGAACAUGGAGCGUAUAAUGAAGGCUCAAGCUUUGAGAGAUUCAAGCAUGGCUGGUUACAUGUCAAGCAAGAAGACGAUGGAGAUUAAUCCUGAGAACGCGAUCAUGGACGAGCUGAGGAAGAGAGCGGAGGCUGAUAAGAACGAUAAAUCGGUGAAGGAUCUUGUGAUGUUGCUGUAUGAGACAUCGCUGUUGACCUCUGGGUUUAGCCUUGACGAUCCUAACACGUUCGGGAAUAGGAUUCAUAGGAUGUUGAAGUUGGGGUUGAGCAUCGAUGAGGAUGAUGCUGUUGCUGAGGGGGACGACGAUAUGCCUGCGCUUGAGGAGGAUGCAGAAGGCUCCAAGAUGGAGGAGGUUGAUUAAGUUGGGGUUUUAUUUGCUGGUAGUUUUUCAUGGUAACGGUUGUUGGCUUUAGGUGAACAUCGAUCUGCUAUUUUUGCUAUGUUUUGCUAAUUAGUUUCUUUUGUUGAGUUUUUAACACUACUAUGUUCUUCUUUUUUUUGGCAUCUUAAAUGAUUUAAGUAUAUCUGCGUUGGUCUAA